AUGUCCAAGACGUCGCCGUUCAAUCUGGAGACAUGCGCUCGAUCUAACAUCCUCAGCCUGAAGCCGUACCGAUGCGCGCGAGAUGAUUACAAGGACGACGGUCACAACAUCCUCCUUGACGCAAACGAGAAUGCUUACGGUCCUGGCCUCGCUCUCAACGACCAGAGGAGCCACGCCAGUGGCGACAAUUCACAGCCCAAAGUCGAUUUCUUGGGGCUCAACCGUUAUCCAGAUCCGCAUCAGAUCGACCUGAAAGAGAAGUUCUGUCGGUUGAGAAAUACGCACCACCACACUCAGAAAGAGCUGAAGCCUGAGAACUUGUUCUGUGGUGUAGGAUCAGACGAAGCAAUCGAUGCGCUUCUACGAUGCUUCUGUGUGCCGGGCAAAGACAAAAUCCUAACAUGCCCUCCGACGUACGGCAUGUACGCAGUCAGCGCAGACGUCAAUGCUGUUGAUAUCGUGAAAGUGCCGCUGAACGUUCAGGAUGACUUCUCCUUACAGCCUCAAUUGAUCAAUGAGAGGCUGUCCGCGGAUCCAAAUAUCAAGCUUGUAUACAUCUGCUCGCCUGGAAACCCUACCGGGGCACUGAUCCGCAAGUCAGACAUCAAGGCCAUUCUCGAGCACCCGACGUGGAAUGGAGUUAUUGUGGUGGAUGAAGCGUACAUCGAUUUCUCCCCGGACGGCUCGAGUUUGGCAGAAUGGGUGCUUGAGUGGCCAAACCUGGUGGUCAUGCAGACGCUGAGCAAGGCUUUUGGUCUGGCAGGUAUUCGAUUAGGGGUGGCGUUCAGCAGCCGGGAUAUCGCAGCUUUGCUGAACAACAUGAAAGCACCGUACAACAUUGCCAGCCCCACGAGCGCAAUUGCAAACGCAGCCUUGGAGGAGCAGAAUAUCACAGUCAUGCGGAACAACCGGGAGAAAAUCAUACAACAGAGGGAUAGACUACUCAAAGAAUUGCCCCAAAUACCCGGCGUUGGGCGGUUUCUGGGCGGAACAGAAUCGAAUUUCUUGCUGGUUGAGCUGCUAGAUGGUCAGAAUGGUAAGCCAGAUAAUGUGACGGCGCUGGCCGUCUACGAAACAAUGGCGGGGCAGCGCGGGGUCGUGGUCAGGUUUCGCGGUAAAGAGCAUGGUUGCACGGGCGCCUUGAGGAUCACCGUUGGCACUGCAGAGGAGGUUGACAGGUUCCUGACAGAAUUGAGAUCGGUCCUGCAGCAGAUAUAUGCAGGUCGACAGGCAUUGAACGGCGGCAGCAGGGAUGAAGAGGCACAAGAAGUCCAGGCAAAUAGUGUGAUAUCAUAA